AUGCAUUAUGAGGAGUUCCCACAAGAUGAUAUGUACCCUACAAGAGCAGAUAUGGAGGAGCUGCAACGGGAGAGAUAUUUUGCCCAGCAGGCACAUGAGAGGAUGAGAGCGGGACUGGCUGACGUCCAGGCCAUUCAUACGAGUAUGCAGCAACUGCUAAACCGGGCUGAGAAUCUGCAGCUCACCACCCCACCUCACCAACCACCCUUUACUGUUAUUGAUGAAGAGGAGGACUGGCCUCCACCCCCCCCCCCCCCCCCCCCCCCUGGUUGGCUGAGUUUAAAGAAGAACCUGUCUCUAACCCGAAUCCCCUCAUAA